AUGACUGUGCCAUUUGGACGUGAGUUUCGUGAGAAGUAUUUCGCUUUCGAAGACGGCGUUGUAGAGCUCAAUCAUGGGUCGUACGGCGCUGCGCCAACUCAAGUCAUUGAGGCACAAAUGGAACAUAUCAAGCAGAAGCAUGCCUUUCCAAACCGUUAUCUCCGCUACGAGCUGUUUGAUAUCUCGAAAAAAUGCCGACAGGCCAUCAGCACCACAGUAGAUGCCGAUUACCAUGACCUGGUAUUCACUCCCAAUGCGACGACGGCGGUGAAUGCUGUGCUUCGCAGCCACCCUUGGCAGAUGGGCGACAAGAUCGCGUACUUGACCACGAUCUAUGGUGCCUGUAUGAACACACUCAAAUUUCUGGAAGAACAGCAGGAUGUCCGGCUAAUUCCAGUUGAAAUUGACGUCAAUGCCUCUCCAGCCGAAAAUGAAGCUGCGCUGCGAGCUGUUCUGCAUGAGCACCCAGACACCAAACUGGCCUUUUUGGACACCGUGAGCUCAAUGCCCGCAAUUGUCCUUCCAUGGGAGAAUAUGGUGAAGAUCUGCAGAGACCGUGGGGUUUUGUCCUUCGUUGAUGGCGCUCACGGAGUAGGAUUGCUACCCAUUUCUCUGCGUCAGGCUCGCCCAGACUAUUUCACCUCCAACAUCCACAAAUGGAUGUACGGAACCACAUCGUGUGCUGUGCUUUAUGUCGAUCCUAGUCGCCAGCGUCAGGUUGCUUCGUUGCCGAUUUCAGCUAUCUACGUUAGCCCCUCACAGGAAUUGAGUCCCGAAGAGUCCAAAAAGGUGCUGGGGAACUCGUUCGCAUAUGUGGCCACUGCAGACUAUUCGGCGAUGCAAACCACUAUAGAAUUGCUCAAAUUCCGGGAAGAAGUUUGCGGAGGAGACCAGGCUAUUUUGGAUUAUCAGAACAACCUAGCAAAGAAGGCAUCCGAGCUGGUUUGCAAAGAGCUGAACACUACAGAUAUUGAUAAUUCCGGUACACCUAUGGCUAUGUUUACGGUUCGGUUCCCGCUGCAGCUGGACCCAAAGCUUCACCUUGACUUUAUUGAUUUUGCGCAUGACAAGUUCGCGAAUAAAUACAAGACUUUUAUCCCUCUGGCUACGUACAACGACGAGCUUUUUGCUCGAUUCUCUGCCAGCAUCUAUCUCGACCUUGAGGACUUCAAAUCGGGUGUUUGGGCCGUUAAACAAGUUCUCAAAGACUGGGAAGUAGCUGCCAAGCACCCCAAAGAGCUACUUGAGCCCAAACUUGACGCCAUGCCGCUUGGCCUCCCGUGCUAG